AUGCUCUCACAAUCCGGGCUGCCGAAUCUACCUGGCAAGGACUCGAAAACCACGACACAAACCGUGAAUCCCACGCCUGGACUCAAUGAACCAUAUUCAUUCUCUGCUGAACCACGUCCAGUCCAAAACAACCAGCAGCAGAUACAGAGAAAGAAAUAUAGAGAUGUUGCCGUCGCGCUGCCUCCUGCCGCCGAAAAGGAUCAACGACUGGCACCAGUUAAUAUCAUGCACGAUCGUCGAAUUCAUCGUGGAAGUACAUAUGCUGCUCCAAUAGGUGCAUUGAACUCACAACCUGAUCCGGUGGAAUUGGAACGCCAGGCCGAAAUGAAGCGACGUCUUAAAGCCCGCAGACGUGCAGAAGCCCAACGCAGACCAAAGACCCCCGAUGCAGUCGAAGGCCGUCGUCACAUCGAAGUGCAAACCGACGUAUAUCUAGAAGAACUAUCCGACAAGGUCCCAGAAUCCGAUGCCGCCGCCCAAACCGACGCAUUCCUGGACCGUCCACCAUCUCCCCUGUACAUCCCUCAAAAAUCAGGCAUGGAUGCAUCAACCCAAAUCCUGGAGGGCGAACUAUUCGAUUUCGAUAUAGAAGUCGGCCCAAUCCUGCAAGUCCUCGUAGGCAAAACUCUAGAACAGUCAUUGAUGGAGGUAGCUGAAGAAGAUGAAUUGGAAUCAUUGCGUAAACAUCAGUCGGAAUAUGAGACUCGUCGUGCUGCUGAACUUGCUGAAACGCAACGUCUGGAGGAGGCUGAACGUCGUAGAACUGAAGAGAAACAACGUAGGUUACAGGAACGUGAACGGGUUGCAGAGUUGCAACAUCAGGCUGCUGCUAGAGUCGCUGCUCGGGCUUUUGCUAGUAGUUACUUAAAGGAUUUGGUACCCUCUGUAUUCGAGACGUUGACUCAGCGUGGAUUCUAUGGUGAUCCGGUGCAAAAAGAAGUCGAGUCCACCUUCUUGCCUUGGUUGACUGGUCAAGUGGAGUCAUCGCUGGAUCGAUACAAGACUGCUCAGCAAGUCGUUGAUGCUCUCUUGCUGCAGGCUAUUCGAGAACUACGACAAUAG